UUAAUACAACUUUUCACGUUGCGCGAUAAGGAUGUUGGGUAUUCCAAAAACUGCGGAUUUCCAACGUGAGAUAUGGCUUUCGCGUGAUACAAAUGAAGUAAGUGUGUUACCCCAGAUGCAUUCAGAAGUUCAACAAUGCGGAGAAUGUCAGCUGGGGUUACUUCCAAUUGGAGCUCAGUAAGGCCCACAGGACUCGUUGGCAUCGAAUCGGUUUAUGAACCACCCUCCUAGUAUCCUCAUCUUCAUCUUCUAUCGGAAUCCUCUUCCGCUUCUUAUCCGUGCGUUUCCCACCUCUUGAAUCAGGCUUCCGAAUGUGCGUGCCCUAGCUGCACCUAUCCCUCAUGCCUACCACGAUGCUACAGCGACGCGACCUUAACUGGUGUGAGGAUGGCCACUCCAAUACUGACUGUUCACUUCGUUCUUUCUGGUGGUCCCUCCACACCCAGACACUGGCUAACCCAUCAGACUCUUGAUAUCUCAUCAUUAUAUCCGUCCUUGACGUUGAUCGUCUAUUAUGCCUCGACUCUUCCCAACUUUCCACCGUUCCAGAGACCACCCGCAGGGGGAUCACUACCCGGACUCUGGCUAUAAUGAAUAUCAUUAUCAGCAACACCAUCCUUCCAGUGGUACGACCUGGCGAAAGAUUCUGUCAAGGAGGCCUCGAGAGGACGGUCGAUGGGAAGAAGAAUUCGUGGAGCGCCCCUCAGGUUCUUUUUCACCUUACGACGCUCCUGGUUACAUCAGAAGCCGUGAACGACCUGCGGCAGAAGACUAUCAUCAUGCACCAGGCUCAACCGAUACUCGCACAGAAGAGACCUUUGAUGAGCUCAACUCCAAUCCACCGCCCAUCGUACAAAGGGAGAAUUCUUUCAGUCGCUUGCAAGAAGCCUUUGCGGACCGUGGUCCCACGUCACGCCCAGUAACCGACAUCACCCUUCCAACAGAGGGCCAGAGGUAUACUAGGACAGAUAUGCAGACGCCGACUGAAACUCAUGGGAGUUUUGCGUCUUCGAAUCAUCCUGUAGUGGUGAACAACACGGGGUUCGAGAGUUUACAACCUGAAUACGGACACGUCCCUUCUCCUCGCCAGGAUUUUGAACGCUCUCGACAUACCCACAAAGAUUAUCCGGAGCGACAUAUUAGAGGAAAUGACUCCUACGGUCGGCACGCCGUGGGCAGAGAAGAUUACAGAUUCGAUCAGUCUAGUAGCUCCGGUAGCUAUUAUUCAUCGGAGGAGGAAGAGUACCCACCUUAUGUCCUUGUCGUAGCACCUGGACACCAUGGCAAGAAGGACACAUAUUAUGUCGUACCCGGUGGUGCGCCCGUUAUCUUUGAAGAUGAGAAUGGCAAUGAAUUAACAAGGGUUGGCGAUUUUAGCGGACGCUAUCGACCACGACCUCAACGACCUGUUAUAAUCCAGGACGAAUUUGGAAAUGAAAUAUAUCGUAUGGGCUUCGACGGCAGAGACUCGUAUGACAGCGGGAGUGAAUCUGACGAUAUGUAUUAUAACGCCUCUGGCCAUCGAAAACACAGAGAUGUUGGACAUCAUCAUAGCAGGGACAGGAUUGCAUACGACGGUGGUUCACACCAUGGUUCAUCCAGACACGCUGAACGGGGUCGCGGACGCUACGAUGAUAGGUAUGAUGAUUACCGGUCCCACAGCACAUCAUCUAGAACCAGGAACACCCCGAAUGUGAUAUACGUGGAGCCAUCUGUGAAUGGAGGUAACAGCGGACAUGACUCUAUUCGUUCAUCAGGAAGAUCCUCGCACAGGCAUCAUGAGAGACACCGUGAAGGAGAAAGAGGCAGGUCUUACGGUUCGCCUGUGAUCAACCUAGAUGAAGUGCGGCGUCAGACACCAGGAGCUGGUUCUCCUGCGUCUUCGGGGGCGCGUUCCUACCAUAGUUCCUCAAGUCGCUCCCACCAUACUUCACGAAGGUGAUCGUGGUCAUGCUUGGAACCAUGGAAGAAACUUGGACUUACGAACAUUAUGGAUAUUAUGCUAUGUUGUAUUCUGUUGCUGUUGGUGUCGAUAGUGUCACCAGUGUGUAUUAUAUGAUCCCAUAGCCAGAAAAAUAACAAUAUGUGUUCAAAUGGUC